CUUCUGAAGAUUUUAUUUCUUUCCCGUUGCAGAUUCUCUAGAAUUCCCACAUCCCCAAAAUAUCCGCAAUAUCACAUUCCUUUGAUUUCGGGAAAUCGUUAUUAGCCACAAUUCAAUUUUAAUUUAAUUAAUUUAAUUUAAUUUAAUUUAAUUUAAUUUAAUUAUUAUAUAUUUCAGAACCGACCUUCAAAUUAUGGCUUCUCUUCUGCGUUGUUGUUGUUGCUGAACUCACUCUUAAACUGUUGCGGUGAGUUCUCUGAUCAUCACUAGUAUAGACAUUGGAUCAAUUUCGAUUCGCAUUAUCUUCUCGGAAAUCAAGAAUUGUUCCAUGGCAAACGAUUCUUCUAGUUCUGAUUCCCAUCAUAAACGUCUUGGUCUUUUAAAAGAUCAAGUCCAUUUGGUUAAAAGGAAAGACUCUAAUCGCCAUGAGAUUGCUCCUAUACAAGAUCAACUAUCAUUUGAGAAGGGUUUUUUCAUAGUAAUUCGUGCAUGCCAAUUGUUAGCCCAAAAGAAUGAUGGAAUAAUAUUGGUUGGGGUGGCGGGUCCUUCAGGAGCAGGGAAGACUAUAUUCACAGAAAAGAUACUCAACUUCAUGCCCAGCAUUGCUGUAAUUUCAAUGGAUAAUUACAAUGAUGCUAGUCGAAUUGUUGACGGAAAUUUUGAUGAUCCACGCUUAACUGACUAUGACACAUUGCUCCAGAAUUUACAAGAUUUAAAGGAAGGAAAGACAGUUGAGGUUCCAAUAUAUGAUUUCAAGUCUAGUUCACGUAUAGGAUACAGGACUGUAGAAUCCCCAAGUUCCCGAAUUGUGAUUAUAGAGGGUAUCUAUGCCUUGAGUGAGAAGUUGCGAAGUUUGCUGGACCUUCGAGUUUCUGUUACAGGUGGAGUUCACCUUGACCUUGUAAAGCGAGUUAUACGUGACAUACAACGUGCUGGCCAAGAGCCUGAAGAAAUCAUUCAUCAAAUAUCUGAGACGGUAUAUCCAAUGUAUAAGGCUUUUAUUGAGCCAGAUCUCAAGACAGCACAUAUAAAAAUUAUCAACAAAUUUAAUCCAUUUACUGGAUUCCAGAGCCCUACUUACAUAUUAAAGUCAGCAAGGAACGUAGCAGUUGAUCAAAUUAAAGCUGUUCUCGCUGAAGAUUUUGUGGAAACAAAAGAGCAAACUUAUGACAUAUAUCUUUUACCUCCCGGUGAAGAUCCAGAAACUUGCCAAUCAUAUUUAAGGAUGCGAAACAAGGAUGGGAAAUACAGUCUCAUGUUUGAGGAAUGGGUGACAGAUAAUCCCUUUGUCAUAUCACCACGGAUUACUUUUGAGGUCAGUGUGCGCCUUCUUGGUGGACUAAUGGCCUUGGGAUACACAAUAGCUACUAUCCUUAAGAGAAACAGCCAUGUCUUUUCUGAUGAUAGGGUUUGUGUGAAACUAGAUUGGCUUGAGCAACUCAAUCGACAUUAUGUUCAGGUACAAGGGAGAGAUCGCUUAGUUUUGAAAAACAUAGGAGAUGAGCUGGGUCUUGAAGGUUCCUACAUUCCUCGUACCUACAUUGAGCAAAUUCAACUUGAAAGGCUUGUGAAUGAGGUUAUGGCCCUUCCAGAUGAUUUGAAGACAAAGCUUAGCCUAGAUGAGGAUUUGGUUUCAAGUCCCAAAGAAGCACUUUCUAGGGCCUCUGCUGACAGGGUUGCCAUGAGAAAUAAGAAUAUGAGAAGUGGAAUGUCACAGUCAUAUACGAAUCCACGGGACAAAAAUACAGCUAAAGCUGCUGGAUAUUUUUCCAAAAAUCGAGGGUUUGAUGAAAGAAAUUCAGAUUCCGCCACAGCACAAGUAAAUCAGGGAGUUAUUAGUCAGCUUUCAGAACAGAUUUCAGCCCUCAAUGAUAGAAUGGAUGAAUUUACAAGUUGUAUUGAAGAGCUUAACUGCAAGCUAACGAUCAAGAAUAAUUCUCGAAGCCAACAAAAUAUAUCAGGUCAAGCUGAAGCCUGCAAUGGUUCUGCUCCCACGUCUUACUUCAUCAAUAGUUUGGGUAAUGGUAGCAUAACUGGAUCUAAGUUACCAAAUUCAUCAUCUUCAUCACAAUUAAAUAAGGAUUCUCCCUUAAUGGAAGAGAUAUCAGGAAUUGCACGUGGCCAGCGUCAGAUCAUGCAUCAAAUGGACAAUCUCAAUAAUCUUCUUCGCAGUAGCUUAGGUGAAAGGUCUCAGCAAACAAGAACUAACAAGAGAAGCAUAACUACAGAUUCAAAUUCCAUUGGAACCAGUGUUAUAGUGGUAGUAGCAGUUGGUUGUUUGGGGAUCUUCUUGAUGAAAGGUUUUAUGACCCAGAAGUGAUUCCUAGGCAUGGCAAAUGAUGGUUUUUCUUGACUGUGACGACACUUCUGGUAAGAAAGAAGGUGAAACAUUCAUUAUGGAGGCAGUUUUUUAGGGCCAAUGAGAGGGUUUAUCCCCACUUGAAAUUUUGUAACUUAGUUGGCUUUAUUAGCACAAUUUUAAGGCAUUUUUAACAUUCAAUUCACAAGGAAAUAGAGUCUUUGUUUUAGAAUCUUGAUCAGAUGGUAUACCAGAAUAUACCAUAAUCCUUUCUUUCCUCGUUUUGA